GUGGCUAGGUUUAGCAAUAAUGUAAACGCCACGCUCUGUUUCAUUCAGGAGCUUUUCGACGAGGGUUUUGCAUCUCUACAAACCCUAGGCUUAGCGACGGCGACGGCGAAGAGUAACGGCAGCAUGGAAGCGGGAGAGCAGAAGCCGCUAGCCGGCGGAGGCCUCUUCGCCUCGUGUUCUUUUGAUGACCUUGGCCUCCAUCCUACGCUGUGCCAACACCUCCGGGAUAAAAUGGGGUUUCAAGUUCCCACGAAGAUUCAGGCGCAGGCGAUUCCAGUUGUAAUCUCUGGUCGACAUUCACUUGUUAAUGCCGCCACUGGAACUGGCAAGACAAUCGUGUACCUUGCGCCGAUUGUUCAUCUCCUUCAGACGUAUGAACCUCGAAUUCAGCGUUCUGACGGAACAUAUGCGUUGGUACUUGUACCAACGAGAGAGCUUUGUAUGCAGGUUUAUGAAAUUCUGCAGAAAUUGCUGCACUGUUUUCAUUGGAUAGUUCCAGGUUAUAUUAUGGGCGGGGAGAACAGGGCAAAAGAGAAGGCCAGGUUGCGCAAAGGAAUAUCCAUUCUAAUUGCGACCCCUGGGCGUCUGCUGGAUCACCUAAAGAAUACAUCAUCAUUUCAACACACAAAAUUACGCUGGAUAGUCUUUGAUGAAGCAGACAGGAUUCUUGAACUGGGAUUUGGAAAAGCAGUAGAAGAGAUUCUAGAUAUUUUGGGUUCAAGACAAAUCAAUCAUAUCCCGUCAAACGGAAAAAUUUCCAACUCUGUCAAAUGUUCCAGGCAGAACUUGCUUCUUUCAGCAACCUUGAAUGAAAAGGUGAACCAUUUAGCCAAUAUCAGCUUAGAGAACCCAAUCAUGAUCGGCAUGGAUCAGAAUAAUUCUCACAUUGCACACACACUUUCAGUUGGUAAUGUCACUUCAGCAUAUGUUAUUGAUGGAGAUUUGAAAAUCCAUGAUGGAUUUGCAAGUCAGACAGUAGAAAAUUAUAACCUACCUUCUCAAUUAGUUCAAAAAUAUGUCAGAGUCCCUAGUGGUUCAAGACUUGUGAUUCUUCUCUCCAUCCUAAGGUCUUUAUUUGAAGGAAAAACCUCCCAGAAGAUUGUUGUUUUCUUUUCAACAUGUGAUGCAGUGGAUUUCCAUUAUGCUCUUAUAAAUGAGUUUAAAUGGUCUCCCAGUUCACUACAAGAGGUGAAAGAGCAAAAAUUUGUCAGUUGUACGACCUUCCAUUUGCAUGGGAAUAUGGAACAUGAUAAUCGCAGAAAAGCAUUUCAAGGAUUUAAUGUUGAAAAGAAAGCACUAUUAUUGUGUACAGAUGUCGCUGCUAGAGGUUUGGACAUUCCUAAGGUCAGGUGUAUUAUCCAAUAUGAUUCGCCAGGCGAAGCUUCUGAAUAUGUGCACAGGGUUGGAAGAACAGCACGAUUGAGGGAGAAAGGUGAAGCUUUGCUAUUUCUUCAGCCCGUUGAAAUGGAUUAUUUACAUGAUUUGCAACAUCAUGGAGUUAAACUGGAAGAAUAUCAAAUUCAAAGGUGUCUAGAUGGAUUCGCAUUGCAUGGCAAGAAUUUUUACAAGAAGUCGAUCUCUUUAGAAACACAUCCUUGGGUAUUGUUUCUGCAGAAGGCUCUGGAAACUUUCAUUUCCACCGAGGCUAAGCUGAAUAAGUUAGCAAGGAAUGCAUUUUGUUCCUGGGUUCGUGCAUACACUGCUCAUCGAGGUGAGCUGAAACGAAUUUUUUUGGUAAAAAAACUUCAUUUGGGUCAUGUGGCGAGAAGUUUUGGGCUGAAGGAUCAACCCUCAUGGGUUGGAGGAUCUCACAAGAAUGAAGCAAAGAAAAGGAAGAAGUAUGGGCUGAAGAUCAACUCAUCCAAAAGAAGGAAAACCUCCUGAUAACGAUCAGUGCAAGUUUUUCUUGCUAUCUUUUAUACCGAAGGAUAAAGUGAUGAACUGUUAUACUGCAAACCAGUUGGAUUUUUAAGGUCACAAUGUUUUCAACUUGUCGCUUGAUGUCAAAACUAUACUGUAGCCACCCAACAAAAGAACCUUCUUGAUGGGUAGCGGCCCACUUUUGCAGAUAUGGAACAAUUACUGAGAUACCAUAUAUUAUCAAAUCUGAUUACAGCGACUGACCACUAUGGGAUCCUAAUUGAUAACAAAAGGUUUGCAUCUUAGUUGUCAUCUUUGAUGCAUAUGGUGUUCAGUUCUUCCCUCCUGUGCACUAGGGGUUUUUGCUUGCUAAGUUUCUGACUAAAUUAUGUUCAUUCUGUGACUGAGUUGGAUGAUUGCACUUGUAAGGUGCCUGCGAUAAAUUCUAGUUCCAUAGCCUUGUGCAUUGUUAGUGUAUACACAAAUCAGUGUAAUUCAUCUUCACACUAAAUUCUUAAUUAUCAAAUAUUUAAUGCGUGUUGUUUACACCUUAUUA